AUGGAUUCAAACACUUUCUACGAAGACGAUAGCCACUUCCUAGUUGAGACUGUGGCACAGAAGAUCAUGGAUCCCCAGCCGCAUUCCCGUGGCCAGAAGCAAGGUCAUUGCAAUACCGAGACAGGCAAUGCGAUCUUGACACCCCCUCACAAUUCCAACUUGGAAGAAAGAAACGAUCGAUCGACCGUGGCUCCAAGUGAGCCCUCCGCCCGAGUCGAGUUGAUGCCCAUCAAUCGUACCAGAAAUAUUCCCUUCAACACUAUGGACGGCAAAACCAACCAUUACAUGCACGGGGUCGCGGCCACAACAGUUGGGGACAAUACGCCUCUUGGUAGAUGGCUUGGUCAAUCGAUUACUGAUGAGCCCUAUCACAACAUUGGGUUUGUGCAGGUCAACCAGGAGGCAGACCAGCAUUACACAACGAUUGAUCCUACUACCCAAGCAAGCCUUGAUGCAAAUGUCUCGUCCGCCAAGGAUGAGCCACACAUGGAUGGCGAGAACAGCAAGAAAUCCUGA